UGUUGGAGUCGCCUACAGGAGAGGAGAGACCUACUGAGCAUGGCUGCCUGAGAGCUCAGGGAGGAGAAAAAGCGAGAUUUUUAUUUAAAUUUUUUCCCACUUUCACAGAACCGACUGUAUUUGGACGCGUUUUUUGCGGGGGGAACCAGAAAUAUGGAUUAUACGCGGUUUUUGUGGAUAAAAUCGCGGAGUUUAAUCUGAGGAACAAACUCGUGGAUCGAUGAGAGAAGACGGGCAGCUCAGAGAGGAGCAGCCCCCCCGCUGACAUAAAGAGAGUGAGGAGAUUACAGUAGAAGAAGCUCAGAGAGGAGGCGAACAGCGCACGAGCUCCUCUCCUGCUGCCUUCAGAGCCAUGAGCCGGGCUCUUAUGGACCAUACCGCCACUGCUAGUUUCCGUGAAGAUGCCCCUCGACCCCCGGUGCCCGGGGAGGAGGGCGAGGCGCCCAGCUACCCCUGCAGACUCGCAGUGAUGAAACCCCUGGAACCCCCCAAGCCCGUUCCGCUCGGCUCUCCGGGCUCCUCCUCGGCGCGGAGGAACGAGGAGCCGGAGGGGAGCGCGUCGCCGGACUCGCCGCUGUCCCGGUGGACAAAGUCUCUGCACGCGCUCGUCGGGGACCAGGAUGGCGCCCUGCUGUUCAGGACCUUCCUGGAGCGGGAGAAAUGCGGCGACGCGUUGGACUUCUGGUUCGCCUGCAACGGCUUCAGGCAGAUGGACCUGAAGGACACCAAAACGCACAGGGUCGCCAAAGCCAUUUACAAGCGGUACAUCGAAAACAACAGCGUGGUUGCCCAACAGCUGAAGCCGGCCACCAAGACCUUCAUCCGGGAUAACAUCAAGAGGCAGCACAUAGACUCUGCCAUGUUCGACCAGGCGCAGACGGAGAUCCAAACCAACAUGGAGGAGAAGGAGUACCAGAUGUUCCUGACCUCUGACAUUUACCUCCAGUACGUGAGGACUGGGGGCGAGAACCCGGCUCUCCUCAGCUCGGGGUCUUUGGGCAGCCUGAAAGUUGUCUGUGGAUAUCUGCCCACUCUCAACGAAGGAGAGGAGUGGAGCUGCGACUUCAGAGCCAAAGCUCUGCUCGGAUUGAAGGGCCAAAGGGCCCCCAUGACGCUGAGAGCUGUGGAGAGGGGAUACAGAUCGUGCAAGAGAGGAGACUCGCUGAACCCCUGCCACGUGGGCUCCUUUGCCCCCGUCAGCAGCACCAACGACAGCGAGGUUUCCAGUGAUGCUUUGACUGACGAUGCCAUGUCUGUGACUGACAGCAGCGUAGAUGGCAUCCCUCCAUAUAAAAUGGGCUCCAAGAAGCAGCUUCAGAGAGAGAUGCAGCGCAACAUGAAGAUGAACAGCCAAGUUGCAUUGCCUCCCUUUCCUCGUACACAUCGUCCUCCAGCGGAGAUGGUCCCGAUGGAGCCAUCACAGUUUGCAGCCCAGCUGAUCUCUCGUCUGGAGAACCUGAAGAGGGAGCAAGAUACCAUCAGCUCUCUGGAGGAAAGGCUUCAGCAGAUUCAGGAGGAGGAGGAAAGAGAGGACACAGACAUCAAUGGAAGUGCUCCCCAACUCUCCCCGCAUCCUUUAACCCUCCUCUCCGGUUCCUCUGACGAGGAUCCGCAGGCCAUCUUGGACGAGCACCUUUCUCGGGUUUUGAAGACUCCCGUCUGCCAGUCACCUACAGUGAUCCGGCACUCCCCUCGCUCCAGCUCCCCAGAGCACCAACUGUUCACCUGUGCUGGCUUUGGAGUCCAGACCCAAGGGAGGACCGGACCACCGAGUUCUUCUGUCUCCAGUCCGAACCAGGGGGCAUUCGCUCUGGCCUUGGGCCCCAAUCGAACCCUCGUAAACAGGCAGAAUACAAAACACAUCCACCACCACUACAUCCACCAUCAUGCCAGUCCGAAGCCUAAAGAGCAGAUAGAAAGGGAAGCGGCCCUCAGGGUGCACGGUGUGUGCUCCAGCAGCGGGAGGUGCCAGUCCUGCCAGGCGUACCCCCGCAGUCGCAGCCUGGGCAGAGAGAUGUGUGGGGCCGUGUCUUUAGAGAACAACAUGGGUCGGUCCAGUUCUCUGUCGAGGCAUGUGUAUCGCUCAGGAGCGGAGGAUGGGGUCGCAGAGAGAUGUACGGAGGAGUGUGGGAGCGUACAGCUGCCCAGUGACACCACAGACCCCACCCAGAACGUGUUGCAGUGGAUCCUGGAGAGUAAACGUCAAGGCAGACACAAGUCCAACAGUACCCAGAACACUAAGAAAUCCUUUGGAGGCUCAUCGACUCAGACGCACACAUGGGGAGGUGGUGGAAGCUGUGGCCACCUACGUAGCCACCAGCCUGCACAGCCAUUCAUCCAGGACCCUGCUAUGCCUCCUCUCCCCCCUCCCAACACACUGGCACAACUGGAGGAGGCUUGCCGCAGACUGGAGGAAGUCUCCACCAAACCCACCAAGCAAAGGCAUUCAUUGUCUUCUGUUCAGCGUGAGAAGUCCCACCAAGUGUCUGUCCAGGGUGGGAGCACCGUCCCUCUGUGUCUUACCAGCCCCAGUCCAGCUGCUUCCCUCAUCACAGCCAGUACAAGUGUCCAGUCAGAAGAGUGUAAGAAAAGUUUGGGAACCCACGCUGGCUGCAGCGGGGAGACGGUGGUGACGUAUUUCUUCUGCGGUGAGGAGAUACCGUACCGGAGGACCAUGAAGAGUCACAGUCUCACUCUGAGCCACUUCAAAGAGCAGCUUCGCAAGAAGGGCAACUACAGGUACUACUUCAAGAAAGCCAGCGACGAGUUCGAGUGUGGUGCCGUGUUCGAGGAGGUGUCAGACGACAGCUCCUUGUUGCCCACCUACGAGGGCAAGAUCCUGGGGAAGGUGGAGAGGAUGGAGUGACGCCGUGCUGUCAGGGUUGUGGAUUACGCUCCCGCGGACGCCUUUGUGGAUUCCCUUCAUUUAAGCUAAGACUGUAGGACCGAAGAUGUGGAAGAAACACUGAGGUUCAGCAGAUGGACUCGAUGAAACACAGAAGAAAACCGAAAAAAAUUAUAUUUACCGGACUUUGGAGAGAACAGCUGCCUUGAAUUGAAGAAAACAUGGACUCUGUGCGUGCACGUGUGCGUGCGUGUGUUGGACUGAAGUCUUUCCAGCAGAGACUUUAGGUGAAUGACCACUCAUCAGGGAAGCAGUGGGCUUAAAUCUGGGACUGAGAGCUGACCUGAACCCUGUCUGUGCUGGUGUCUGCUCACGAGCGCCCUCCAGCACAUCGUGCACAUGCAGACAUACAUGUACGUUGUUUUGCGUCGUAUGGGGUGCACAUAUUGCAGUGUAAAGAUUUAUAUUACUAUUUAUUGGAAAUUUCCCAAGUAGCUUGGAUUAGACAGAUUUUGAAAUCCUUCCCUUCAGCGUCCUGCAGGAAAAGAAGGUGUUUUUACUGGUUCUUACUGAA